UCUCGCUCUUUUCUGGAGUGGUAGUGCACUGUAGUCAGCUCAGUAUCCUGGUGUAGAGGCUGGGGGGAUGGGUGGCCGUGCCGAUUGGUUGCUCAGAGAUCGAGACAGACACAGCCGGGGCUUGUAUUAAUAUAACCAGGGGCAGGUCGGCUGCAAGAAACAAUCAUCAUUUAUUAAAAACGAAAUAGCAACACGCUAGGCAGACCAGGUAGCACGAACUUCUCGGCACUUAAAUGCAGCGCCAGAAAUGUAAGGAUUUGAUUUUUGGUCCAUCAGAGGAGAAGAGAGAGAGAGAGAGCAGUUAUUUAUUUUCCUGAAGGGGCCGCCGGUGAAGUGGUAAAGUGAAAAUUAUGAGAACAGGCUACGGGCCUAGCUCUGGCGCUGGGAUUUUGAAGAUCCGCUUUCACAAAUUGGAAAAAAGUCACGUUAUAGGUCCAAAUUUGAAGGGGUUUCAACUGGUUUUGUUGUGUCCGAGAUCUGAAUGGGUGCAGUCAUGACACUAUGAAUCAGUCAUGUGAGCUGGCAGGCAGGAAUGCAUUGGAGUGUCGUCCCAGCGCACCGGAGCUCCCGAUUCCCGAUGGCACCCACGCUCCCCGCGGAGGGGCGCAGGGGGCGGAGGCCUCAGUAGAGGGGCCGCGUGCCAUGCAGCUGUCUGCGGGCCCGGCCGGCAAACCCAGCGGCGAGCCCGCGUCCGACCGGAAGGACCCGCCCCCCCGGUACAGCCCGCUCCGCCGCCUCCAGCACCUCGCCUCCAUGGUGAACCGGGCCGAGCUGGGCUUCAAGGGGCGCGGCCCCCCCCCGGCCCCCCGGAGCCCCCCGGGGACGGGCGGCGAGGAGUCUGGGGCCUACUCCUCCGGCCUCGGCCUGGGGCCGCCGCGCCCCGCCCCCAACGGAUACCUGCACUUCGAGUCCACUUUGUUUGACAAGGCGAUCCUGGACGCUGGGGAGGAGGAGGAAGAGGAGGAGGAGGAGGAGGAGGUCGUCGAGGGCGACAGGGAGCGGGACCUGGCGGGCCGCCGCGCGCUCGGGGACGCCCCCGGAGAGGUCCGUGAGGCAGCGGUCGAGAGCCCGCCCGGGUGCUACCCGGCGCCCGGCGACCCGGCCGAGGCCGCGAUGGACGAUUCGGACAGCGGGGACGAGGACUGGGACAGCGACCUGGAGCCGCCCCAGGCUCCGUCCCGGAAGGAGGGGGCGCCGGAGCCGAAGGGCGAGCCUGCGCACGGGAUGGCCGCCCCCCAGGAAGCGCGGCCCGCGGUCCUGCGUGUGAACGCUCCCUGCAGUCCCAAGAAGCGUCCCAGCCCGGCGGUGAAGUACGCGGUGGGGGACCUGGUGUGGGCCAAGUUCAACCGCCGGCCCUGGUGGCCCUGCCGCGUCUGCUGCGACCCCCUCCUGCACACCUUCUUCAGGAUGAAAGAGCCCAGCCGCCGGCCCUGCCGCCAGUACUUCGUGCGGACGUUCGGGGGGAUCCUGGACGAGGCCUGGGUGGCCGGGAAGGCCACGGUGCCCUUCAGAGGAGGCCACCAGUUCGAGUCGCUCCCCGUGCUGCGCAGGAGGGGCAGGCAGAAGGACGAGAACUACCGCUACACGGGCUGGUGCUGGUGCUGGGCUGGUGCUGGGCUGGUGCUGGGCUGGUGCUGGUGCUGGUGCUGGGCUGGUGCUGGGCUGGUGCUGGGCUGGCCUGGUGCUGGCCUGGUGCUGGGCUGGUGCUGGUGCUGGUGCUGGCCUGGUGCUGGUGCUGGUGCUGGGCUGGUGCUGGUGCUGGUGCUGGUGCUGGCCUGGUGCUGGCCUGGUGCUGGUGCUGGGCUGGUGCUGGUGCUGGUGCUGGUGCUGGUUCCUGAGAAGAGAGCGCAUGACGACCUGGUCCAGCCGCUGCCUCAGAUGCUGACUCCGCCCCCUGAGGAGCAACUGAAGGCCCUCUUAGGGCAGGCCCCGCCUGUGGUAGAGCAGACCCCGCCCCCUGACGUCCCGGCCCCUCCCCCAGACACGCUAACCCCGCCCCCGGAAGCUCCAUCCCCUUCGGAGGAGAUGUCCCCUCAGAGCUGUGACAUGGACCUUUCGAAACCCCUGACCCGCCCCCACUCGCCGGACCCGCCCACCGGCAGCCCUGCUCCCACACGGCCGCCUCAGCCGUCAGCAGAAUCAGGAGGCCGAGCGCUCAAAGAAAAUGCAAGCAUUCUGCUGACUGAUUGUGGGUGUUUUAUUUUCUUUUUGUUUUUGUUUUUCCCCCUCUUCUACUGUCCCGUUGGUGGUCAGGAGUGUAGAGAACAAGGUAGUGUGGCUGAGGAGGAGGCGGAGGGACAGGACUCUCAGGAAGUACUGGAAGAGGUGAAGACUGUGAAGAAGAAAGUGCCUGAGCCCAGUCCGUCCUACCAUGGUGCUCCGGCAGCGCCCGCGCAGAGCCCCGACAGGCCGAGGAGCAGGCCCCAGAAGGCAUCUUCUCCUCCGGCGCACAAGGCCAGCCCUGACGCCCGGACCCCCGAGUCGGGAGAGGGGCUGGAGGAGACCCCCGACGCCUCUGUGGACCCCGAGCUGCUCACGGACUGCGAGGCGACGCAGAGCUCCAUGUCCGGCCUGGAGGACGGGCAGCCGGCGGGGAGGGAGGAGGCCGGGCAGGGCGAGGCGGGGCUGUCCGCCAGCAGGAAGCUGACCGGGGAGAAGGGCGGCGCUGCCUCGUUGAAGGAGAACGUCUGCCAGGUGUGCGAGAAGACCGGGGAGCUGCUGCUGUGCGAGGGCCAGUGUUGUGGGGCGUUCCACCUGCAGUGCAUCGGCCUGGCCGAGACGCCCCAGGGCAGGUUCAUCUGCAACGAGUGCACCACCGGGAUCCACACCUGCUUCGUCUGCAAGAAGCCGGGCCCCGACGUGAAGCGCUGCCUGAUCCCCGUCUGCGGCAAGUUCUACCACGGCGAGUGCGUCGCCCGGCACACGCCCACCGCGCCCCAGAGCCGCGGCUUCCGCUGCUCCCUGCACGUCUGCCUGUCCUGCUUCAUCGCCAACCCCGCCAACCCCUCCGUCUCCAAAGGCCGGCUGACCCGCUGCGUGCGCUGCCCGGUGGCCUACCACGCCAACGACUUCUGCAUGGCCGCCGGCAGCGUCAUCCUGGCCAACAACAGCUUCCUGUGCCCCAACCACUUCGCCCCUCGCAAGGGCUGCCGCAACCACGAGCACGUCAACGUCAGCUGGUGCUUCGUCUGCUCCGAAGGGGGCAGUCUCCUCUGCUGCGAGUCGUGUCCUGCUGCCUUCCACCGCGAGUGUCUGAACAUUGACAUGCCCGAGGGCAGCUGGUUCUGCAAUGACUGCCGGGCCGGGAAGAAGCCCCACUACAAGGAGGUGGUGUGGGUCAAACCGCUCUCUCUGCACUCGCUGAGCGGCGCCGCGUGCGCGUGCUGUUGUCGUGUGCAGGGGGAGUUCGUGAACGAGUACGUGGGCGAGGUGAUCGACGAAGAGGAGUGUCGAGCUCGGAUCAGGCACGCGCAGGAGAACGACAUCUUCAACUUCUACAUGCUGACGCUGGACAAGGAUCGGAUCAUUGACGCCGGGCCCAAGGGGAACCAAGCCCGGUUCAUGAACCACAGCUGCCAGCCCAACUGCGAGACCCAGAAGUGGACGGUGAACGGGGACACGCGGGUGGGGCUCUUUGCCCUGGUGGACAUCGCCGCGGGCACAGAGCUCACCUUCAACUACAACCUGGAGUGUCUGGGCAACGGGAAGACGGUGUGCAAAUGUGGAGCUUCGAACUGCAGUGGGUUCCUGGGAGUCAGGCCGAAGAACCAGCCCCCCUCGGAGGAGAAGGGCCGCCGGCUGAAGAGGAAGCUGCCGGCGCGGCGCAAGGGCAGGUCGGAGGUGACCAAGGAGCGCGAGGACGAGUGCUUCAGCUGCGGGGACGGCGGCCAGAUCGUGUCCUGCAAGAAGCCGGGCUGCCCCAAGGUCUACCACGCCGACUGCCUCAACCUCACCAAGAGGCCCGCAGGUAACGCGCCCGUCAGACCUGCCGAG